AUGCCAAUGGAAACACCACACUCACCCCCAGUUGCGACCUUCUCCGUCCCCCAGCCCCAUCUCCAGACCGCCUGGGACCAGCAUGUUCACAACGCAUCAACACGACAUCCCGUCUUCUUCACGGAGAGGUUAAGAAGACCGCAUGUCGAAAUGGGCACCGCACCAGGGUUUAACCCUGUGGCUCACGGAUACGUAUAUCGCGACUCGGGUCGUGUCGGGAACGAUGCUGGGAACAAUAUUCCUCCCUGGUUUGGGUCUGGACUGUUUAAGCAAAUUCGUCGCUGGACUUCUGCGCAUAUAUACGACUGGAUGACGCAUUGGUGA